UGAAACGUUGAACAAGUCUAACGACUCAAUCACUAUACUGGGUCUCUACGAAGCGAAUUCAUCAAAACUAGCACUUGUAUAUAAACAAGAAACGAUACAUGAAUUUGACAGAAUUGGAUUAAAGUUGAUAGAAGACUCGUUGUGGCCAAUAUCGG